CCAUCUGUAAGUGGAAAGUACAGUACGUGAUACGUGUCUACUACAGCAUCAUGAAGUUAUACGCCUUUGCUCUCGUGCUAUGCGUCGGUCUGGCCGUAGGGGCCGAGGUUGAUAGUGUACCGGAAGUGCCAUCGGACCUGCAGCUGCAACUGGACGAGCUGCAGCUGGCCGAUAAACCAGAAGCUCCUCUGGAUGACGCCGAACAACCUCUUCCCCCAAGUGGCGAUGAACUGCCCGAAGAUGCUCCAGAGCCUGUCCCGGAGGAUGGAUCACCCGACCAGGACCACCCAGAGGAGGAGCAGGAGGAGGAGGCAGAGGCAGAUGAGGAGGAGGCGGAUGAAUCCGAGUCCGAAGAAUCGGAAGAAAGUGACGAACUUGAAGAGGCACGCUUGGUAGCGGAGGAACUGGAAGAACGCCAGCAGGAGCUGGACUACCUGAAACGCUAUCUAGUUGGCCGUCUCCAGGCCGUCGCCAUCCUAGACCGCCGUGUUCGUCCUGCCGUGAUUCGUCGUCCCUGGAUACGCCGUCCGUGGAUCCGUCGCCCAGGAGUGCUGCCUCGGCUGGUGCUCUAAAAUCCCAGCCCUUCAAACCAACACCAUACAGUGAAAAGCAGUAGACCAAACCACACCACCAAACAAACCAUCCUGCAACCAUCAGUGGAUGGAGUCGUGCAAUAAAAUUUCAAUCUAAUUUCCCCAGCAA